AUGGCUCGGUAUUCUCAGUUCGACUUCUACCAACAAUCUUCAUCAUUAGACGUGCCCGAGGAGGACGAGAUGAGCGUGCUGGACGAUAAAAUCCUCGACUCAACCUCCCCGGGUCUCUCCGACCCCCGCCGCGCCUCAUACGAACAAGACGCCUUCUCACAUCGCAACUCUGUCUGGUCCAACUAUUCCACCGGCUCUGAACAGUCGCGCCCGGCCUCACAUCUCAGCCAGUCCGUCCUCGACGCCAACAACUCAUCCUUCAUGCCCGUCGACGGCCCCCAGUCCUAUCCCCCGCAGGCCCCCGGCUGGUCGCUGUCUCGCACGGCCUCGGGCUCAUGUACCCCAACCGCCUACGACCAGUAUCCCGCCGAGGAAAGCACUGCAAAUGCACCUUUCUCCGGUGGUGCCGUUGGCCCGUCCAGUCAAGGCUGGAUGCCGGCACCGAUGGAUUUGGCGGAUGCCGCGGCACAGGCAAAGAGUGCGAGUUAUCGGAAUGGGUCGCCGUUGACCGUGCGUCGGGAUGGGAUUCGCAAGAAGAACGCUCGUUUUGAGAUUCCCGCCGAGCGCACCCUCAGUAAUAUCGACCAGUUGAUCAGCCAGUCGAGUAAUGAUGAGGAGAUCAAGGAGCUGAAGCAGCAGAAGAGACUACUGCGGAACCGCCAAGCUGCUUUGGAUUCCCGCCAGCGGAAGAAGCUCCACACCGAAAAGUUGGAGGAAGAGAAGAAGCAUUAUACGCACGUCAUCAGCCAGCUGGAGGACAUGGUCGCCGCACUGCGCAAGCGCGAGUCCGAACUGAUCCAGCAGCAACAGCAGCAACAGCAACAAGUGACCGCCUACCUGGAGAACCUGCACAUGGAAAAGGACGAGAUGAUCCGCGUGCACACCCUCGAGACCGCCGACCUGCGCAAGAAGAACAACAUCCUGAUGGAGACGGUGGAGAAACUUGAACGUGGCAUCAAGCCCGUUGACAGCCAGGCCGACUUUACCGGCUUCGAGAGUCUCUCCAUGGAAAACCACCCAUGGGAUGACUUUACCAUGUCCAAUGGCCUCUCGAUGCAAGACACGGUGCCGCCGACGCAGUCGCACCCGCAGAACAUGCAGAUCGAGCGAACGGAGAAAUCCAAUGCUCCCUUCAGCUGGAACGCCUUCUACAUGUGUCUCCUGUUCGGCGCUUUUAUCGCUUCCAACAAUACGUCUCUGCCCGGCCGAAACCUCCCCCAACUCUCCGAGGAAUAUCGCGCCGAGUCAGCAAACGUGCUGAAAGCCGUACUGGCCUCCUCGCCCAGCGAGUUCGGCCCCGCCCCGGCAAACACAGCUCCUGCACCCGCACCGUCCACCGGUAUCGCGGGCAUGGACAUGCCCCCAAUGGCAUCGGCCCAACCCGCCUCAUCCAAUUUGGAUGAGCUGCACGACACUCUCGUGAUGCCAACCGAAGAGCAGCAGCGAGCCCAGGUCUUUGCGCUCAAUGCGGACCAAUAUAACUCACUAACGACAUUUGACGAGGACUCUGCAUCUGCGUUCAAGCCGUCACAGCCGACGAAUCUGCAGCAGGCGCUCGCCGCCAUGCGCAGCACAGCCCAGCAUCGCCUGCAGGGCUCGACUUCGGAUGUGUAUUCGCGGUCGCUGAUGUGGGAACGUGUUCCGGAGAAGGUCAUUCGGGAUUUCCGCCGGAUGGUGCAUGAUUUCGGCACGCCUGUCAAGGAGGAGAUGGGCUUCCAGGCUCAGCAGGUUGCUUGA